CAACAAUCUCAACCUCUUCAUCUUCUUAUCAUCUCCCUCCAAGAAACCACUUUUCAACUUCGUUACUUCAACACACCAAAAAAAAAGAUAAUCCAAGAAAUGGAGAUGCUAAGAAGCCUAAGCACGAGGAAAAUAAGCCGUCCUGGUGUAUACGAUGAGUCAACGUUUAGUUUACUCGGAGCAAAGUUGAAGAGGUCAACGAGCGUUCCUUACUACGCACCGUCGAUAAGGCUUGGAGGAGGAGGUCCGGCGAUUUUGGAAGAGCUUCCGCGCCAGAAGUCAAAGAAAACUACGGCGACGGGAAAGUUUAGCCACCCAAUAUUUAGUUUAUUCGACGGUCGCCGCCGCAACAACAAGAAGAAAGCGACGGCUAAACCGGAGUUCUCUAGGUAUGCUGAGUACCUUAGAGAAGGUGGUAUGUGGGAUUCAAGAUCUAAUACUCCUAUCAUCUACUUCAAGUAGAUCUAGUUUUUUUAUAUGUUGUUCUUUCAAUUGUUUGAGUUGUAAUUUCAUAAAAUUUUAU